AGCGAGAGAGAGAGAGAGAGAGAGAGAGAGGAGGAGGAGGAGGAGGAGGAACGAAACCCUCGUCUCGAGGUCGAGCUGCGGUAGGGUUUACUGGUUUAGUGGGAUGGGAGGAGCCUCGCCGGCGAUAAAGCCUAUCGGCAAAUCAGUGGUGCACCGGAUUUGCUCGGGCCAAGUCAUUUUCGACCUCUCCUCCGCAGUGAAGGAGCUCGUGGAGAACAGCCUCGACGCCGGCGCCACCACCGUCGAGGUCGGCCUCAAGGCCUACGGCGAGGAGUGGUUCAAGGUCGCCGAUAACGGCAGUGGCAUCUCGCCCGGCAAUUUCCAGGCGCUCGCUCUGAAGCACCACACGUCCAAGAUAUCGGAUUUCUCCGAUCUCAACUCCGUGGUCACCUUCGGGUUCCGGGGGGAGGCGUUGAGCUCCCUCUGUGCAUUGGGGAAACUGACGGUCGAGACAAGGACUAAAGAUGAGUUGGUCGGCACACAUUUGGAGUUUGAGCACUCGGGCGUGGUGAUCAGUGAGAGGAAGAUUGCACGGCAAGUCGGGACCACCGUAACCAUCGAGAAACUCUUCUCCACCUUGCCGGUUCGGGGCAAGGAGUUUAGUAGGAAUAUCAGGAAGGAGUACGGGAAAGUGAUCUCCUUGCUACAUGCUUACGCCUUAAUUGCCAAAGGGGUCAGAUUACUUUGCACAAAUACUGUGGGCAAGAAUUCUAAAAUGGUGGUGGUUAAAACUCAAGGAAGCAGUUCACUGAAGGACAAUAUCAUUACGGUCUUUGGUUUGAACACUUUCAAAUGCCUGGAGCCCUUCAACCUGGCCCUCUCUGAAGGCUGUCAGGUAGAAGGUUUCCUUUCCAAGCCUGGACCGGGCACUGGUCGCAAUUCAGGAGAUAGGCAAUUCUUCUAUGUAAAUGGCAGACCCGUGGACAUGCCAAAGGUCACCAAACUUGUUAAUGAACUGUACAGGAGUUCCAAUUCCAGGCAAUACCCUGUGGCUGUCCUAAAUUUUUGCAUCCCAACCACAUCUUAUGAUGUGAAUGUCGCACCUGAUAAGAGGAAAAUUUUCUUCUCAUCUGAGCAUACUAUUUUGUUAUCUUUACGGGAGGCUAUUGAAAAUCUGUACAGCCCUCAACAGUGCAGUUUUUCCAUCAAUCACAUUGAAGAUCCUGAAAAGGUCAAUCACACUGAAGAUCCUGUAAAGGAAGAUGACCCUAUGAUUGAUGAACCUAUUAAAAGCACAUAUUUAAUGGACAAGGAAAAUGUUUCAUCGCCUGAAAAUGAUAACUGCAAGGAAGACACAGAUAGUGAUGAUCAGGACCCACUGAAGGAUCAGAAAGUGAGUUCUUCUGCGACAAGGGCAGCCACUGGAGCUGCAUCUAGAGACAUGAGCCCCUUGCCAAGGAGCCCAGACACUGAGGUUGAUAGAUCUCCUUGGUUUUCAGCAUUGCGGUAUGAGCAGCCAAAAAGACCCCGUGCUGAUUUUAAAAAUAAUCCAGUAAGAGAAAAUAAUGUUAGAACAGGGCUUGCUGCUCAAUCCUCCCCUUCAACUAUUGUUCAGUCUUCUCUUAUGAACUUUCUAUCACUAAACAAGAGGAAGCAUGAAGACAGUUGCAAUCUUAUUACUGAAGCUCCAGUGCUGAGAAGGGGUACAUGCUCAGGGCAAGUGAGAAGAACAAGUUUAGAAGCAAAUGCACCUGGUAUUUCAGAUGCCAACUCACUUCAGCAAAUUAGCCUGUGGGAUCAUUCUCCACAACCUUUUGUACCUAAGAGGACAGAAGUUUCAUUACAGCAUUCUGAACCUCCUAAUGUUGGGUCUCCUGGUACUGAAGCUCCAGUGCUGAGAAGAGGUACAUGCUCAGGGCAAGUGAGAAGAACAAGUUUAGAAGCAAAUGCACCUGGUAUUUCAGAUGCCAACUCACUUCAGCAAAUUAGCCUGUGGGAUCAUUCUCCACAACCUUUUGUACCUAAGAGGACAGAAGUUCCAUUAAAGCAUUCUGAACCACCUAAUGUUGGGUCUCCUAGUACUGAAGCGCAUCUCCUCAAUCCAUGUGAUGUCCACAGUACAGAAUUUGAUGCGGAUGAACAAAAUGGUCGACGCCUUUCAAAUUUUGGUGCUCCCGAUCAAUGUUUGAAGGAUACCGAACCCCCAAAUACACCGUCCAAUAUAACUUUACUUGAUGGUCAUGAUAAUGACACUUCGGUGUGCUCUACAUCAGUAUCUUAUUCAGUGCAGUUUACAAUUGAUAAGCUUAGGAGAAGAAGAAAACGCGGUUUUAUUGUAUCACAUGAAAACAGAGUCCAUUGUUCUGAGAAAACUGCAAGGUGUUAUAAAGCCGCAACACUGGAUAAUUAUGUACCAAAUGACGACGAGGGAAAAUCUAAUUAUUUAGCUGCAGCCACCAAUGAGUUGGACAGGUUUUUCAGCAAAGAUAAUUUUGGAGAAAUGAAGGUUGUUGGGCAGUUUAAUCUCGGUUUUAUCAUCGGAAAGCUGGAACAAGACCUAUUUAUUGUAGAUCAGCAUGCUGCUGAUGAGAAGUACAACUUUGAGAGCCUGUCACAGUCAACAACGUUAAACAUACAGCCUCUUCUUCAGCCACUGAGACUUGAACUUUCACCGGAGGAAGAAGUUAUCGUAUCUAUGCACAUGAACACUAUCAGAAAAAAUGGUUUUGUUUUAGCAGAAGAUUUGCAUGCUUCUCCUGGCAGUCAUUAUCUUUUGAAAGCUGUACCGUUUAGUAAAAAUAUUACAUUUGGUGUUCAAGAUGUGAAGGAGCUGAUUUGCAUGCUUUCUGACAGUCAAGGUGACUGUUCAAUAAUUAGUAGCUAUAAGAUGGAUAAAACUGACUCUGUUUGCCCUUCGAGGGUUCGUGCCAUGUUCGCUUCGAGGGCUUGCCGAAUGUCUACUAUGAUUGGCGAUCCACUGACGAAAACCGAAAUGAAGAAGAUACUGAAAAAUCUGACAGGACUAAGGUCCCCUUGGAAUUGCCCGCACGGGAGGCCGACAAUGCGGCAUCUUGCAGAUCUGACUAGUAUAAGGUUCAAAGAAGCAAAUUGAAGCGGUGCUGAGAAGUUUCAUUGCGUAAAAGGAAGAAAAUCCAUUGACGCUCAUGAGGAUUUUAUCGGCAACUCCUUGGGUUCACGGGAAUAUGGCAGGAUCUGGGGUGACGUUUUGACAAUUGUUCAAGUGACUGGCGGUCGCGUGGCUUGUUUUCCGCUGCUACGGAGAGCCCGCUUGGAAUAUCGUUUCCCCUCCUUAAAACAUUGGCUGGUUAGAAAACGUCGGGUAGGCUUGUAAGAGGUGGUUGGUUCAUUGUAUUAGGCCUGUAAUGUUUACGCUUGUAUCCUCGUUUAGGCUCGUAAUCAGCCGAUUUAUGGUUGCUGCUGUUAUACACCUGUGAGCUAAAUGCAGUUGUAUAAAGUUACACCAGUUCUAAA